AUGAGCAGGUUGCGAUUUCCGAGUUUUUUCACCAUUCCUCAGUUCUCCACGAGUCUGCGCGGCCCUGGGCUGGUGGUCACAUUUUACGGAGUCUUCGCCACUGCCUUCAGCUGUCUUCCUUUCUCAUCCGGGCGUAGAACUGGCAAAAGCGGAGUUGCAUGCCGCCAGUGCGACUAUAUUAAAGUGAUAGGAAAUUCGAAUCUUCCAAUGCUUCCCGUUGCUGCCACGGCAGUUUCGUUUCUUCGCAUUCGCUGGAGCAUCCAGUCAAGAAACGUCGUAAACAGUGGCGCUGAUUCCACUACUCUUUGUCUUACUCCGAUGCAUAACGGUUUUGCCGUUGAUCCUCCAGUUUGGCGCGCAAUGCCUGGCGCCCGGUUUGUACCUCAUACUCAUCUUUGUCACGACACACCGGCGCAAGAACGGAGAAAACUGGAGAGCGGCGCAGCGGUAGUUGAAGAAAUGACGCAAAAACGGUGCAAGCCUCAUUUUGCGGAUUAUGGCCUGUGGCGCAUGGCAGCCAACAUCGGCGACAUCGGAGGUGAGCCUGCGCCAAUCCCGUUUGUAUGA